GACAGCAACGACCAUCUGCCGCCUCUUUUUCAAUUUCAAACAGCAGAUUAUUUCCCUGAUACUUCUAGCUCCCCUUGACACAAGAGAAACAGCGCCUUGGAGAGCAGCUGCGCCAAAAAAGCAGCAGAGGUCCCCGCGCUCUCCUCACCAAACACUGCGCUUAGACAACCUGCACCGCUCUGCAUGCUCAGACACAGACUGCAGGCUCAUGAAGACGAAGCGGAUUUGAAUUAAGCACCGGAUAACAUACAGCAAGUGUGCAUCCUUCGGCGAGGGAGGGAGAGAGGGGAGGCAACUGUUUAGUGUCUUGGAAGCCCUGGGUUAGUCGGGGGGAGGAGGAGCGGAGAAUGAGCUAUUCUUGUACCAGCAGAGGCAACAGCCAGGACCCGGCAACAGCUAAGAAGCCUGUCGGUAACAAUCCGGGCAGAGACACCAGAGGCACAGCAAGCAGCGGUAACGGCAGCCCGAAGCAAGUGAUGAGGGUUAAGAAAGGCUGCAACUCCACCGAGGUUGGGAUCCCGCUGACCAUCGAGGAGGACCUGCACGGCAGCCCGGUGAUCACCCCGGAGGAUGUUCUGGGCUUGCAGAAGAUCACAGAGAAUUAUCUGUGUGGCCCAGACGAAAAUGUGUUCAGCAUCGACUUCACCAGGUUCAAGAUCAGAGACAUGGAGACCUCCACCGUGCUGUUUGAAAUCACCAAACCUCCAUCUGCAGACAAAGCAGGGGAUAAGAGGGAUAUGGACCCAAACGCCGGCCGAUUUGUCCGCUACCAGUUCACCCCCGCUUUUCUCCGACUGCGGCAAGUUGGAGCCACCGUUGAAUUCAUGGUCGGAGACACGCCAAUAGAAAACUUCAGGAUGAUCGAGAGACAUUAUUUCAGAGACAAAUUGCUCAAGAGUUUUGACUUUGAAUUUGGCUUCUGCAUGCCGAGCAGCAAGAACUCCUGCGAACACAUCUACGAAUUCCCCCCUCUGUCUGAGGACACGAUCAGAGAGAUGGUUCUUCACCCGUACGAGACGCAGUCGGACAGCUUCUACUUUGUGGACAAUAAACUGGUGAUGCACAACAAGGCGGAUUACUCAUACAACGGCGGGACGUAGAGACGACACGCUGACACGAGAGACACGCGAUCUGAGGGACGAUCAGAGCCCACUGGUGGGGUUAACAUCCUGUCAGUCCACUAGUCCUAUCUCCUUUUAGUUAUCUCUUUCUCCCGCGAGAAAACCAUCCAGAAAAUGUUCAUACUUGUGUUCUGUGUGUGUGUGCGUGCACGAUUUUGGAAAAAAAUGUAAUUGCGAUUUUUCUGACAAAUAUUGCGAUUGCGAUUCAAAUUGCGAUAUUUGUUUUUAAGCGACCCAACGAAAG